CAUUCGGUCAUUGGUCAGCUCGUCAGCGGUUGGCUGUCAUUUUUAUACACGUUCUAUUUAUCAAGUUGUAUUUCACAAGUUCUUACUACCGGCGUUGUUAAAACUAAUCAUGUUUUAUUCUGCUUGGGACAAGCAAUUAAGAUCAUCUAUAUUUAUAAUAUUUUUAUUAGUAAUAUCGGCUCAAUCAGAUGUACCUAGGCCGCGCGGCGUUUCUUUAUCAAAAGCUUCCCUUUAUUUGCCGACUAAAGAUUUUACGUGUUUCGAUGGAACCAGCACUAUUCCUUUCAGUUACGUAAAUGACGAUUAUUGCGACUGCUUUGAUGGUAGCGAUGAACCUGGAACAUCGGCGUGCUUAAAUGGAGUUUUUCAUUGUACUAAUGCAGGCCAUCGACCACAGAACAUUCCAAGCUCCCGAGUCAAUGACGGUGUAUGUGAUUGCUGUGACGGCACUGAUGAAUAUGCAAACCAAGAGACAUGUCCAGACAUUUGCGAAGAGUUAGGCAAAGAAGCAAGGGUAAAAGCACAACAGUUGGCAGAACUUCACAAAGCUGGUAACUCUAUUCGAUUAGAACUCAUUGAAAAGGGCAACAAAAAACGAAAUGAUAUGGCAGAACAACUUUCCCAAUUAGAAAAAGAUAAAUAUGAGGCUCAAAAAAUGAAGGAAGAGAAGGAAAGUCUUAAAAAUGAUCUUGAAGCUAAAGAAAAUGAAGCCUUACAAGUCUAUAGAGAUGCCGAAGAAAAAGAAAGGCAACAAAAAGCACAGUUAGAAAAGCAACAACAAGAAAAAGAAGCAAAUGAACAGUUCAUCCGAUUUGAUUCUAAUAAUGAUGGUGUCUUAUCAGCUGAUGAAAUUAAAGUAGUCAAUGUAUUUGAUAAGAACAAGGAUGGAGAAGUUGAUUCAGAGGAACUUAAAUAUUUUAUAGGUGAAAAAGAUAGCAUAGAAAAAGAGGAAUUUAUUGAUACAACAUACCCAUUGCUAAAGCCAUUGCUCAUGUUAGAACAAGGUAUGUUCCGUCCAGCUGAGAAUGAAGAAGAAACUGAGGAAUCUGAACAUGAAGAUGAGGAAGAGCCUAAGAUAGCAGAUAUGGAAGAUCUAGCAGAUGAUGAAGGCCAUGACGACAUUCCGGAAGACGAUGAACACCAUGAAGAACAAACUGAUGAUACAAAGAAAUAUGACGAUGAUACUCAGAAACUAAUUGAUGAAGCCACAGAAGCUAGACGUCAAUUAGCUGAAGCUGAGCGUGCUGUAAGGGAAAUAGAAUCAAAUAUAAGGACAUUCCAGCAGAAUCUGGAAAAGGAUUAUGGAUUACAACAAGAAUUUGCUACCCUUGAUGGUGAGUGUAUCGAAUAUGAAGACAAAGAAUAUGUUUACAAGCUGUGUCUCUUCCAGAAAGUUACACAGAAAUCAAAGAAUGGCGGCAUGGAAAUAGGACUCGGGGAUUGGGGUGAAUGGGUCGGUGAAGAUGGCAAUAAAUAUUCUGUUAUGAAAUACACAAAUGGAAUAGCGUGCUGGAAUGGUCCUAAUAGAUUAACAAUAGUCAAUGUGAGCUGUGGCUUGGAAACUAAAAUUACAUCAGUUACGGAACCAUUCCGUUGUGAAUAUAAAAUGAAUUUAAUCACUCCAGCCGCAUGUGACGAUUCAAAUUACACUCAACAGCAAUCAUCGCACGAUGAACUGUGAGAGUGAUAGAUUAUUAGAUAUUGUGAUGUAAACUAAUUAGACUUAAUUAAUUUCAGUACACUAAUGUCACAAUAAGCAAAAAUGUUUUAUGGUCAGGUCCUGAUUAUAACUAUAAAAUAUGAGAGGGUUCCUCCUUGCAUUUGAUGGUUUUCGGUGUGAAAGAUAUGUGUAAAUUUCAUAAUAUUAAAUGUCCACCAUCAUUAGCAUUUAUCAACAUGUUUUGGUUAAGUAAUAAUAAUAAUAUUUAUUGAAUAAUAUGAAAAUGUUUUGAUGAAGACUGACCUGGCUAACAUCUUGUUACACACAUUCCUAUCAGUAAAGGCUGUAAGUUUUCAAACUGAAAUCAUAAUAUGAACAAAACUCUUAAGAAAUAAAUAAAUAUUGUUUUGA